CAUUGUGCUGUUCUAUUGAGAUAGUCACAUUUAACCUUGUAUAGAGUUGCAGUUUAGUGCCACCUUCUGGACAAAGAUUGGUACUACACUUAGCGUUAGUGUCCUUGUUUGAUGACGUUAAAAAUGUGAGUCUAGCAGUAAUACCAAAGAGCACAUGGUCAUGGCUGUUAUCGCUCCCUGAUUUAAGUUGAUUUGAAGGCACAUUCGUUUUACGUCAUUCCAUAAGCAACAGUAAAGGAUAAACAUUAACGUCUGAGUCUGUUGUCUUUUGGGAAACGUUAUCUGACUGCCGAGUCAAGCAAGGCUUUUGACGCAGAGGGCAGAACAGUAAAACGAAUGUCUUUAGCGAUCAACUUCCGGUUUAUGACUCCACGGCGGGGAGCACGUCAGCUCAUGAGCGUCUGUCAACAAUGUCUGAUCCAAGCUCCAAGUCUGGAUCACGGAAGCGGGCAUCGAAGGCAUCAUGUUCGUCACAUUACUCACGUGGCUCGGCAGCGGUAAUCACGGCUGCUGUAAUGGCUAGAGCAGAGGCUGAAGCAACUAAGGCGGAGAUAGCUUUUGCUGGAAGAGAAAGUGAGCUAAAAAUACAACAAGCGCAACUUGAGGCUUCAUUAAAAGCUUUACAACUGGAGAAGAGAGCUGCUGCUAUACAAGCGAAGGCAGAGGCUUUAGAAACAGCUGCAGAAUUAGGAAACACAAGAAAAUCCAGUUUAAUGGAACUAUCUACAGAGGAUGCAACAGAACGCACGCAAGAUUACAUAUUAAAACAGAUAGUUGAUGUUGAGGAAGCUGAGAUGCCAGUCCUGGAUGGCCCGUUUUAUGAUAACAAGGACAAAAGGGUUUCAGGAAAGCAACAAUCACAGUCUACUCCAUUCUAUGUGCCGCAGGAAGGCCAGAGUGCUUUAUAUGCCACACCAUCCAGUUUUCAGGCUGUUAAUGUGGAGAGCAUACAGAACCCUGCCUUUUCUCAGUCUAUUGGUAUGCCUCUUACACUCCCUAGUCGACGUAAGGCAUUCCCACAGCCACCAAAGGAUGUUCCUCACACAUAUGCUGCAGCAGGUCAAGAUAGUGGAGAGAGGAGCAGAGACAGACAGGUACCACAUGACUAUUUUCAAACAACACCAAGUACUCACUUGUAUGCAAAUAAUCAAAUGUCUGAUGUGGUCAGGUUCAUUGCAAGACGUGAAUUAGUGUCUACUGGCCUUACACAGUUUAACGAUCAACCAGAGAACUUCAGAGCAUGGAGAGCAUCAUUCUUGAAUGUUACUAAAGACCUUGACCUUUCUCCAAGCGAAGAAAUGGACUUGCUGGUAAGAUGGCUGGGAUGUGAGUCAGCUGAGCAGGCAAGACGCAUCAGAGCUGUCCACAUUAACUACCCAGCACAAGGGCUCAAACUUAUCUGGAAAAGGCUUUAUGAAACAUACGGCUCACCGGAAAUGGUAGAAAGUUCUCUCUUCAGGAAACUGGAGAAUUUCCCAAAAAUAUCAAACAGAGACAAUUGCAGAUUGCGUGAGCUGGGAGAUUUGCUUAUGGAGAUUCAAGCAGCUAUGCAGGAUGGGGAUCUGAUGGGUCUUUCUUAUCUAGAUACAGCACGAGGCGUAAAUCCAAUUAUACAAAAACUGCCAUUUAACUUACAAGAGAAGUGGCUGACAGUGGGAUCUAAAUACAAAGAGGACUAUAGUGUUUCUUUUCCACCUUUCGAGUUCUUAGUAGAUUUUGUAUGCCAGCAAGCAAAAAUGCGCAAUGAUCCAAGUUUCUCCCUUACAACUGUGCAGGAAGAGUCACGCAGACCAAACAAACAGUUAAAUAAAUCAGUUUUUCCCAGAGCUGUUGCGACACACAAAACCCAGGUCUCUUCUGAGAUUUCAUCAGCUGCCACUGAACCCAAAAAUAAGAUAAAUCCUGCUAAACAUUGCUUUUUGCAUGAGAAGCCCCAUCCUCUGUCCAGAUGUAGAGGAUUCCGGAUGAAAUCUAUGGAACAGAGAAAAUUGUUGCUCAAACAGCAAGGCAUAUGCUUCAAAUGUUGCAGCUCCAUUUCACACAUGGCAAAGAACUGCGACGAAGUCAUUAAAUGUUCAGAAUGUGGAAGCACUACCCACAUAGCAGCGCUUCAUCCAGGCCUAGCACCAUGGGCGACUGUUCCAAAACACCCGGGAGUGGAGAUUCAAACAAUGAAUGAAGACAUUCCUGUGGUACCAGAGGUAUCUUCAGCUUGUACAGAGUUUUACGUCAUUCCAUAAGCAACAGUAAAGGAUAAACAUUAACGUCUGAGUCUGUUGUCUUUUGGGAAACGUUAUCUGACUGCCGAGUCAAGCAAGGCUUUUGACGCAGAGGGCAGAACAGUAAAACGAAUGUCUUUAGCGAUCAACUUCCGGUUUAUGACUCCACGGCGGGGAGCACGUCAGCUCAUGAGCGUCUGUCAACAAUGUCUGAUCCAAGCUCCAAGUCUGGAUCACGGAAGCGGGCAUCGAAGGCAUCAUGUUCGUCACAUUACUCACGUGGCUCGGCAGCGGUAAUCACGGCUGCUGUAAUGGCUAGAGCAGAGGCUGAAGCAACUAAGGCGGAGAUAGCUUUUGCUGGAAGAGAAAGUGAGCUAAAAAUACAACAAGCGCAACUUGAGGCUUCAUUAAAAGCUUUACAACUGGAGAAGAGAGCUGCUGCUAUACAAGCGAAGGCAGAGGCUUUAGAAACAGCUGCAGAAUUAGGAAACACAAGAAAAUCCAGUUUAAUGGAACUAUCUACAGAGGAUGCAACAGAACGCACGCAAGAUUACAUAUUAAAACAGAUAGUUGAUGUUGAGGAAGCUGAGAUGCCAGUCCUGGAUGGCCCGUUUUAUGAUAACAAGGACAAAAGGGUUUCAGGAAAGCAACAAUCACAGUCUACUCCAUUCUAUGUGCCGCAGGAAGGCCAGAGUGCUUUAUAUGCCACACCAUCCAGUUUUCAGGCUGUUAAUGUGGAGAGCAUACAGAACCCUGCCUUUUCUCAGUCUAUUGGUAUGCCUCUUACACUCCCUAGUCGACGUAAGGCAUUCCCACAGCCACCAAAGGAUGUUCCUCACACAUAUGCUGCAGCAGGUCAAGAUAGUGGAGAGAGGAGCAGAGACAGACAGGUACCACAUGACUAUUUUCAAACAACACCAAGUACUCACUUGUAUGCAAAUAAUCAAAUGUCUGAUGUGGUCAGGUUCAUUGCAAGACGUGAAUUAGUGUCUACUGGCCUUACACAGUUUAACGAUCAACCAGAGAACUUCAGAGCAUGGAGAGCAUCAUUCUUGAAUGUUACUAAAGACCUUGACCUUUCUCCAAGCGAAGAAAUGGACUUGCUGGUAAGAUGGCUGGGAUGUGAGUCAGCUGAGCAGGCAAGACGCAUCAGAGCUGUCCACAUUAACUACCCAGCACAAGGGCUCAAACUUAUCUGGAAAAGGCUUUAUGAAACAUACGGCUCACCGGAAAUGGUAGAAAGUUCUCUCUUCAGGAAACUGGAGAAUUUCCCAAAAAUAUCAAACAGAGACAAUUGCAGAUUGCGUGAGCUGGGAGAUUUGCUUAUGGAGAUUCAAGCAGCUAUGCAGGAUGGGGAUCUGAUGGGUCUUUCUUAUCUAGAUACAGCACGAGGCGUAAAUCCAAUUAUACAAAAACUGCCAUUUAACUUACAAGAGAAGUGGCUGACAGUGGGAUCUAAAUACAAAGAGGACUAUAGUGUUUCUUUUCCACCUUUCGAGUUCUUAGUAGAUUUUGUAUGCCAGCAAGCAAAAAUGCGCAAUGAUCCAAGUUUCUCCCUUACAACUGUGCAGGAAGAGUCACGCAGACCAAACAAACAGUUAAAUAAAUCAGUUUUUCCCAGAGCUGUUGCGACACACAAAACCCAGGUCUCUUCUGAGAUUUCAUCAGCUGCCACUGAACCCAAAAAUAAGAUAAAUCCUGCUAAACAUUGCUUUUUGCAUGAGAAGCCCCAUCCUCUGUCCAGAUGUAGAGGAUUCCGGAUGAAAUCUAUGGAACAGAGAAAAUUGUUGCUCAAACAGCAAGGCAUAUGCUUCAAAUGUUGCAGCUCCAUUUCACACAUGGCAAAGAACUGCGACGAAGUCAUUAAAUGUUCAGAAUGUGGAAGCACUACCCACAUAGCAGCGCUUCAUCCAGGCCUAGCACCAUGGGCGACUGUUCCAAAACACCCGGGAGUGGAGAUUCAAACAAUGAAUGAAGACAUUCCUGUGGUACCAGAGGUAUCUUCAGCUUGUACAGAGGUAUGUGGAAAUAGUCAACUUCCACGUUCUUGCUCAAAGGUUUGUCUUGUGAAAGUCUAUCCUGAAAAUCAUCCAGAGAAAGCGGUCAAAGCAUAUGUUAUACUAGAUGACCAAAGCAACAGGUCACUCGCAAGACCAGAAUUCUUCGAUUUGUUUGAUAUUACAGAAUGUAACAUAGCCUAUACCCUCAAAACAUGUGCAGGUACGAUGGUAACUGAAGGCAGACUAGCUCAAGGCUUUCAAGUGGAAUCUUUUGAUGGAAGCGUAGUCUUACCCUUACCUGUGCUUCUAGAGUGCAAUGAAAUUCCAGACAAUCGCUCGGAAAUUCCCAGUCCAGAAGUGAUCAGUAGGCACAGGCACUUAAGACAUCUUGCAAGGUACAUUCCACGGCCUGACCAUCAUGCUCCGAUUCUUCUGCUAUUAGGCAGAGACAUUAUCAGGGUCCACAAAGCCCAUAAACAAGUAAAUGGUCCACCAAAUGCCCCCUUCGCCCAAAAGUUGGACUUAGGGUGGGUAAUUAUUGGGGAUAUGUGCCUUGGGAAAAUUCACAAACCUAACUUUGUCCAAGCUUAUCACACCAACAUUCUGGAAAAUGGACAGUGUACGCAUUUUUAUCCAUGUCCUAAUAAUUUUAACAUAAAGGAGAAAUCGCAGAAGGUGUCACCUUCUGAGCCUCGGUUCAGGGAGAGCAUUCAAGGUCUAAAGGAAUGGGAUGUAUUUCAGAGAACAAAAGAUGAUGAGAAAGUAGCUCUAUCUAUCGAGGACAAACUAUUUCUCCAGAUUAUGGACAGUGAAGUCUACCAAGAUGAUGAAAAUUCAUGGGUUGCCCCACUCCCAUUCAAGCAGCCAAGACAGUAUCUACCAAACAACCGUCCACAAGCUGUGGAACGUCUUAAUGCGCUUAAGCGUUCUUUCAGAAAGAAGCCAGAAAUGGAAAAGGACUUUGUAGCUUUUAUGGAAAGUCUAUUCCAAAAUGAUCAUGCAGAGACAGCUGCUCCGGUCAGUCCUAAAGAACAGUGUUGGUAUUUGCCUUCUUUUGGAGUUUACCAUCCCAGAAAGCCAUCCCAGAUUCGAGUAGUCUUUGACUCAAGUGCUCAAUAUAAAGGCGUCUCAUUAAAUGGGGUUCUUUUGUCAGGUCCAGACCUCAAUAAUAGUCUCCUUGGAGUUCUCAUGCGAUUCCGCAAAGACCCAGUCGCUUUCAUGGUAGACAUAAAACAAAUGUUCUACUGCUUCAAAGUUCGACCUGCAGAUAGGGACUACCUCAGGUUCCUUUGGUUUCGUGAGAAUAACCCAGAGAAUGAACCCGCCGAAUACCGUAUGAAGGUACAUGUAUUUGGCAACAGCCCAUCUCCAGCAGUGGCCAUUUACUGUCUUCGACGUGCAGCUCAAGCAGGAGAAAAGGAGUUCGGACAAGAUGUCAGACAGUUCGUAGAGCAAGACUUCUAUAUGGAUGAUGGACUGAAAUCCUUAGCCACUCCAGAAAUGGCCAUCAGCUUGCUAAAACGGACACAGGACAUGCUGGCCAAUUCCAAUUUGAAGUUGCAUAAGUUGGCUUCAAACAGUAAGGAAGUCAUGAGAGCGUUUCCGUCUGAGGAUUAUGCCAACGCAUUAAAGGAUCUGGAUAUAGGCGUCAAUUCACUUCCCACGCAGCGCAGUCUUGGCCUACUUUGGAAUUUGGAUACGGAUUGUUUCAACUUCCAAGUUCAGAAUGAUAAGAAACCUUGUACUAGACGUGGACUGCUUUCGGUGAUAAACAGCUUGUACGAUCCGUUAGGAUUCGUAGCUCCUGUUACAGUUCAAGGCAAAGUACUAUUGAGGGAAUUGACCGGAAACUUUACUGACUGGGAUUCACCCUUGCCUGUGAGCAAUCAAGAGCUAUGGGAGUCAUGGAAAAACUCUCUGCAAGAUUUGCAACAUGUGCAAGUGCCAAGAAGUUAUGGAUCAACAUCACUGUCAGAUGCCAAAUUCACAGAGCUCUCUGUGUUUUCUGAUGCUUCAGAGAAAAUAAUUGCAGCAGUCGCUUACCUAAAAACAGUUGACUCAGAUGGUAACUGUCAUAUAGGGUUCAUCGCAGGCAAAGCAAGGUUAGCUCCACGACCAGAGCUCACUAUACCGCGACUGGAAUUAUGUGCGGCAGUGUUGGCUGUGAACAUAAUGGAAACCAUUACUGAGGAGAUUGCUGUUAAGUUUGACAAGAUAAACUUCUACACAGAUAGUCGAGUUGUUCUUGGCUAUAUCUACAAUGAGGAACGCAGAUUUCAUGUCUAUGUGAGCAACCUAAUACAGAGAAUUCGGAGAAGCACUACUCCAGAUCAGUGGCAUUAUGUAAGUUCAGAGCAUAACCCUGCGGAUAUUGCAACACGGCCCAUAGCACCCAUGAAGUUGCAAAACACAAUCUGGUUCAGUGGACCUGCAUUUUUGCAUCGACCAAAGACAGAGACUGUCGCUAAAGCUCCCUAUGCACUUGUCGAUCCUGAGCAGGAUGUAGAAAUUCGUACACAUGUAACAGUGUUGAACACCACUGUCUCAAAACGCUUUGAACGAUUUUCUGAUUGGAGUCGUUUGAUCAGAGCUAUAGGCAAGUUGAUUCACAUUGCAUGCUCUUACAAGCAGGACCCGAACAGCAGCACUCCAACGUGCAAGGGUUGGCACCGUUGUGAGUUGCCCCUGAGUACUGACACAAUACAUCAGAGCAAAGUUGUUGUUGUGAAAGCCAUACAACGGGAAAUGUACGCUGAAGAGUUGCAGUGUCUGAAACAGAACAAAUCGCUUCCAAAAACUAGCACGCUUCAGAAACUAGACCCUUUCGUGGAUGAAAGUGGUCUCUUAAGGAUUGGUGGUCGUCUGCUCAAUGCCGAUUUAAGCUCUGGAGAAAAGAGGCCCCUCAUCAUACCUGGUAAGAGCCAUGUAGCCUUACUCCUGAUACGACACUUUCAUGAGCAAACUCAUCACCAAGGUCGUCACCUUACAGAGGGUGCGAUAAGAUCUGCCGGCUAUUGGAUAAUAGGAGGUAAAAGACGGGUGAGCAGUCUCAUCCAUUCCUGUGUUGUAUGUCGUAGACUCAGGCGGGGUUGUGAAACUCAAAAGAUGGCAGAUCUGCCCAAAGACAGACUCAGUGCAGAGCCUCCUUUCACACAUGUGGGAAUAGAUGUGUUCGGGCCCUGGUCAGUGUCUGCUCGAAAAACAAGAGGUGGCAUAGCAGAAAAUAAAAGAUGGGCAGUGUUAUUCACGUGUCUAAGUAUCAGGGCCAUUCACAUAGAGGUGAUUGAAUCUCUGAGUACUUCUAGCUUUAUUAAUGCCUUAAGGAGGUUCUUGGCAAUCCGGGGUCCAGUGAAACAGAUUCGCUCAGAUAGAGGAACUAAUUUCAUUGGAGCUUGUAAAGAUCUACAGAUAUCUUCUAAUGUGGAUGAAAAGGCAGUGGAACGUUUCCUGUCAGAUCAGGGGUGCGUGUGGACAUUCAACCCUCCCCAUUCAUCGCAUAUGGGUGGCGCGUGGGAAAGGAUGAUUGGACUCACUCGUAAGAUCUUGGAUUCUAUGCUCCUUCAGACGACGUCCUCCAAACUCACUCAUGAGGUACUUUCCACCUUUAUGGCCGAAGUCACUGCCAUUAUAAACAACAGACCUUUGAUACCUGUGUCGACUGAUCCGGCGGAUCCUUUCAUCUUAACACCAGCAACAUUACUUACCCAAAAGUCUGGUACCGACUUACUUCCUCCUGGGAAUUUUGAGAAGCCUGGUCUAUACAAACAACAGUGGCGUAUGGUUCAAAGCCUUGCAAGUAUGUUUUGGGACAGAUGGCGUAAACAGUACCUCGCUACACUACAGUACAGGCGGAAGUGGCAACAUCAACAACCCAACGUCUCCAAAGGAUGUAUAGUCCUGCUCAAAGACUCUCAGUCCAAACGGAAUGACUGGCCCUUGGGUAUCAUAACGGAAACUUACCCUGGUCAGGAUGGACGAGUCAGGAAAGUACAAGUGAGGAUCAUUGGGAAAGAUGGUCCCAAAUUGUUUCUCAGACCAAUUAAUGAGAUGAUACUACUCCUCCAUGACGAUCCUAAACAGGAUGUUAAAAAUUGAAAGGAAGAGAGAGUUUGGUAUUUUUAGAAUACCAGACGGGGAGUGUGCUGUUCUAUUGAGAUAGUCACAUUUAACCUUGUAUAGAGUUGCAGUUUAGUGCCACCUUCUGGACAAAGAUUGGUACUACACUUAGCGUUAGUGUCCUUGUUUGAUGACGUUAAAAAUGUGAGUCUAGCAGUAAUACCAAAGAGCACAUGGUCAUGGCUGUUAUCGCUCCCUGAUUUAAGUUGAUUUGAAGGCACAUUCGGUAUGUAUACAUUGUACAAUUAUUAUUUUACUUAUGUCUACAUAUAUAUACGUUAUAUACAUGUUAAUUUACAUGUUGGAUAUAUAACUUUAUUCUUUAUUUAAAUGAUUGUAUUACCUUUAUGAUUUAGUGAAGCAGGUCCCAGUUGUGCUUGUAUGUGUACAUAUUAUUAUUUUUGUAUACUUACCAUUCUGUAAUUUGUAUAU